AUGACUUUCCUCCUGAAGGCGAGGACACCUGAGCGAGCGGCGGGGCGCGCAGUGGCCCUGACCCUCGUGCUGCUACUCCCCGCCCUGGCCGCCGGCGCGCCGCCGCGCCUGCCCCGGCUGCAGCCCAGCAUGCCCCACGUGUGUGCUGAGCAGGAGCUGACCCUGGUGGGCCACCGCCAGUCCUGUGUGCAGGCCUUCAGCCGCACUGUGCCCGUGUGGACGCCAGGCUGUGGGCCGCAGAGGUGGUGUGUCAGCCACGUGAGGAGAACCUUCUACUACACAGCCUACAGGCAGGUGUACACCACAGAGGCCCGGACACUGCUCAGGUGCUGCCCCGGGUGGACCCAGCAGCCUGGUGACAAGGGUUGCCUCUCCUCCGUCUGCAACUCUGGAGUCUGCUUCAAUGGUGGCCACUGCCAGCCAGGCUCUACCCUGCCUUGCGUCUGUCCCCAAGGCUUCCAGGGUCCCCGCUGUCAGUAUGAUGUGGACGAGUGCCAGGUACACAACGGUGGCUGCCAGCACAGGUGUGUGAACACCCCAGGCUCCUACCUUUGCGAAUGUAGGCCUGGCUUCCGGCUCCACACUGACGGCAGGACCUGCCUGGCCAUCAACUCCUGUGCCCUGGGCAAUGGUGGCUGCCAGCACAACUGCAUCCAGCUUACGGCGACACGGCACCGCUGCCAGUGCCGGCCCGAGUACCAGCUCCAAGAGGACGGCAAACGCUGUGUCCGGAGAAGCCCAUGUGCUGACCGAAAUGGCAGCUGCAUGCACUUGUGCCAGGCCCGCCGGGGCCUCGCACACUGCCAGUGCCACACUGGCUACCAGCUGGCUGAGGACCGCAAGGCCUGUGAAGAUGUGGACGAGUGUGCCACAGGGCAGGCUCAGUGUGCCCAUGGCUGCCUCAACACGCGUGGCUCCUUCAAAUGUGUGUGCAAUGCAGGCUAUGAGCUGGGUGCCGAUGGCCGACAGUGCUACCGCAUUGAGAUGGAGAUUGUCAAUAGCUGUGAGGCCAACAAUGGCGGCUGCUCCCACGGCUGUAGCCACAGCAGUUUGGGGCCUCUCUGCACCUGCCCCCGUGGCUAUGAGCUGGACACAGACCAGAAGACGUGCAUUGACGUGGACGACUGUGCAGAUUCACCAUGCUGCCAGCAGGUCUGCACGAACACCCCUGGCGGCUACGAGUGCAGCUGCUACGCAGGUUACCGGCUCAGCACCGAUGGCUGUGGCUGUGAGGAUGUGGAUGAGUGCGCCUCUGGCCGUGGUGGCUGUGAGCACCACUGUACCAACCUGGCCGGCUCCUUCCAGUGUUCCUGUGCAGUGGGCUUCCGGCUGCUCGAAGACCGCAGGGGCUGUGCCUUGCUGGAGGAGUCGGUGGUAGACCUGGACGGCCAGCUGCCCUUUGUGCGACCCCUGCCCCACAUCGCGGUGCUUCGGGAUGAGCUGACUCAGCUGUUCGAGGAGGACGAAGAAGGCAUGGCUGACGAGGAGGAGGCAGAGGUCCGAGGGGAGCAUACGUUGGCCGAGAAGUUUGUCUGCCUGGAUGACUCCUUUGGCCAUGACUGCAGCCUGACCUGUGACGACUGCAGCAACGGGGGAACCUGCCUGCCGGGCCUGGUUGGCUGUGAUUGCCCUGAGGGCUGGACUGGACUCAUCUGCAACCAGACGUGUCCCCCAGACACCUUUGGGAAGAAUUGUAGCUUCUCCUGCAGCUGUCAGAAUGGUGGGACCUGCGACCCUAUCACGGGGGCCUGCCGCUGCCCCCCAGGUGUCAGCGGAUCUCACUGUGAGGACGGCUGCCCCAAGGGCUUCUACGGCAAGCAGUGCCGGAAGAAGUGCCAUUGUGCUAACCGAGGCCGGUGCCACCGCAUCUAUGGGGCCUGCCUCUGUGAUCCAGGGCUCUACGGCCGCUUCUGCCACCUGGCCUGCCCCCCAUGGGCUUUUGGACCGGGCUGCUCAGAAGAGUGCCGCUGUGAGCAACGAAACACACAGGCAUGUGACCGGAGGGACGGCAGCUGUACCUGCAAGCCAGGCUUCUGGGGGAAGUGGUGCCAGCACGAGUGCCAGCUGGGGUUUUUUGGUCCGGGCUGCCGGCAGGUGUGCACCUGCCCACUAGGUGUGGCCUGUGACCCCAAGAGUGGUGAGUGUCAGAAGCAGUGUCCUGCUGGCUACCGGGGCAAGGACUGUGACCAAGAGUGCCCAGAGGGGACAUUUGGUGCAAACUGUUCUGUCCACUGCUCCUGUGGGGGGGCUCCCUGUGACCAGGUCACGGGGCAAUGCCUGUGCCCGCCAGGAAGGACUGGGGAUGACUGUGGGGCAGAGUGUCCUCAGGGCCGCUGGGGACUUGGCUGCCAGGAGAUCUGUCCUGAGUGUGACCACGGUGCCAGCUGUGACCCUGAGACAGGAGCCUGCCUAUGUCCACCUGGUUAUGUGGGCAGCCGCUGCCAGGAUGUGUGCCCAGCAGGCUGGUUUGGGCCUGGCUGUCAGGCCAGGUGCUCCUGUGUCAAUGCAGGGCACUGCCACCCAGUGACCGGGCGGUGCAACUGUGCUCCAGGGUGGAUGGGCCUUGACUGUCGCAGAGCCUGUGAUGGGGGGCACUGGGGGCCUGACUGCAGGUACCCCUGCAACUGCAGUGCUGGGCAUGGGAGCUGUGAGGCCACUAGCGGCCGCUGCCUGUGUGAAGCUGGCUACACAGGCCCACGCUGCGAGCACCGGUGUCCUCAGGGCCACUUUGGGCCAGGCUGUGGGCAGCAAUGUCGGUGUGAGCACGGCGCGGCCUGCGACCAUGUCAGCGGGGCCUGCACCUGCGCGGCCGGCUGGAGGGGCACCUUCUGUGAGCGCGCCUGCCCGGCCGGCUUCUUUGGUGUGGACUGCCUUGGGGCCUGUGACUGUGCCGGUGGGGCUCCCUGUGAUCCUGUGAGUGGGACCUGUGUCUGCCCGGCGGGCCGACGUGGCCCCCGCUGUGACCAAGCCUGCCCCGCCCACACCUAUGGGCUCAACUGCAGUCAGGCCUGUACCUGUGCCAACGGAGCAGCCUGUGACCCAGUGCUGGGAAGAUGCCACUGCACCCCGGGCUGGAUGGGGCCCACAUGCCUGCAGGCCUGCCCUGCAGGCCUGUACGGCGAGGACUGCCAGCGCCCUUGCAUCUGUCAGAAUGGAGGCACCUGUGACCCUGUCGCAGGCCACUGCACAUGCUCUGAGGGCUGGGCCGGCUUGGCUUGUGAGCAGGAGUGUCUCCCUGGGCGCUUUGGGGCCGGUUGCCAGCAGAGCUGCGACUGCCUUAACGGGGGACUGUGCGAGCCCCGAACGGGCGCCUGCCUCUGCCCGGCUGGCUGGAGCGGAGACAAGUGCCAAAACUCCUGCACACCUGGCUGGUUUGGAGAGGCCUGUGCCCAGCGUUGCCACUGCCCACCGGGCAUUGCCUGCCACCACAUCACCGGGGAGUGUGGCUGUCCCCCUGGCUUCACUGGGCCCAGCUGUGAGCAGGCCUGCCCGCCUGGCACCUUUGGAGAGGACUGUGCCCAGAAGUGCCAGUGUCCUAGCGAGAACCAGUCCUGCCAUCCCGCCACAGGGGCCUGUGUGUGUUCUGCUGGCUACCAUGGCAGUGGCUGCCGGCAACGCUGCCCACCCGGGCGGUUUGGGCAGGGCUGUGAGCAGCAGUGUGUAUGCCGCAACGGUGGCUCCUGUGAUGUGGCCACUGGCUCCUGCCACUGUCCUGCUGGCUUCCUGGGGGCCGACUGCAGCCUCACCUGCCCACAGGGCCGUUCUGGCCCCAGCUGUGUCCAUGUGUGCAAGUGUGGAGAGGGUGCAGCCUGUGACCCUGUGACGGGAGCCUGCACUUGCCCCCCCGGGAGAAUGGGCACCCACUGUGAGCACGGCUGCCCUAAAAACAAGUUUGGCAUGGAUUGCAUGGGUAUGUGCCAGUGCAGAAAUGGAGGUCUGUGCCACGCCACCAAUGGCAGCUGCACCUGUGGCCUGGGCUGGAUGGGGCUGCACUGUGAGCAGGCCUGUCCACCUGGGCGCUACGGAGCCGCCUGCCACCUGGAGUGCACUUGCCGCAAUGGCUCGGCCUGUGAGCCCACCACGGGGGCCUGCCUCUGCGGCCCUGGCUUCUACGGCCCAGCCUGUGAGCACCCCUGUCCCCCCGGCUUCCAUGGGGCCGGCUGCCGGGGGGUGUGCCAGUGUCAACAUGGAGCCCCCUGCCACCCUGUCACCGGCCGGUGCCUCUGCCCUGCAGGCUUCCGGGGCCAGUCCUGCCAGCAGGAGUGUGAGCCAGGCUUCUUCGGAGAGGGCUGCUGGCAGCAGUGUGCCUGUGAGGGAGAUGCACCCUGUGACCCUGUCACUGGCCGCUGCCUCUGCCCUCCGGGGCACACGGGACCCGCAUGUGACCUUGAGUGCAGAGAUGGGCGAUUCGGGCCCGACUGCGCCUUGCACUGUGAUUGUGGGGGUGGAGCCAACUGCAAUCCUGUCAGUGGGCAGUGCCACUGUGUGGAUGGCUACACAGGUCCCAUGUGCCAGGAAGGUGGGCCCCCCCAGCUCCUGGAGAGCCUAUCCACAUCCCUGGGCCCAGGUAAGGGGACGGGGAAUGCCCACAUUGCUGGGUGA